AUGCGGUGGUCAUCUCCAACGUCGUUGGGUUUGCGCUUCGUCGCACUCCUGCUGGUUGCUCGUGUCGAUGCAGCCGAGCGCGCCACUUCCCCUCCGGUGCACCCUUCACCUCCGAUGAAGGGUACCGGUGUUUGGGCUGCCGCCUAUGCCAGUGCCAAAGAGCUCGUCUCUCAGAUGACCCUGGAGGAGAUGGUCAAUAUCACUGGCGGCUUUACGACCACGGGAAAUGUCUGCGCCGGGAACUCGGGCUCGGUGCCUCGUUUGGGAUGGCCGGGUCUCUGCUUGCACGACGCGGGGAACGGCGUUCGGGCUACGGACCUUGUCAGCGCUUACCCGUCCGGGCUCCAUGUCGGCGCCAGUUGGGACAAGAACCUGACAUACGAGCGUGGCCUGUACAUGGGCAAGGAGUUCAAGGCCAAGGGAGUCAACGUCCUGCUUGGCCCCAAUGCCGGUGCCCUGGGGAGAGUCCCGGUAGGAGGCCGCAACUGGGAAGGCUUCACAGUCGACCCCUAUCUCUCUGGCAUCCUAAACGCCGAGAGCAUUAUUGGCCAUCAAGAAGCUGGCGUCAUUGCGAACACCAAACACUUCAUCGGAAACGAACAGGAACUGUAUCGCCGGCCUUACUUUGGCGUUGAAGCUGUUUCGUCCAACAUAGACGACAAGACGAUACAUGAGCUAUACAUGUGGCCAUUCAUGGACAGCGUCAAAGCUGGAGCCGCCUCCGCCAUGUGCUCAUACCAACGCGUCAACAACACCUACGCCUGCAUGAACAGCAAGCUGAUGAACGGUCUGCUCAAGGGCGAACUGGAGUUCCAAGGCUUCAUAGUCCUGGACUGGAAUGCUGUGCAUACCGUGGAUAGCGCCGAGGCAGGUCUGGACAUGGUCAUGCCUCGUGGCAACUGGGGUACGAACCUGACUGCUGCUGUCAACAACGGCACAACUAGCAGGGAGAGACUUGUUGACAUGGCUACCAGGAUUGUCGCUGCCUGGUACUUUGUGGGCCAGGACGGCGACAAGUUCCCCAAGCCUGGUGUGGGCAUGUACAACCUUACCCAGCCUCACACUCCCGUUGAGGCCCGUGUGCCGGAGAGUAAACCCAUCAUCAUGGAGGGCGCCAUCGCCGGCCACGUCCUCCUCAAGAAUGAGAAGAGCGCCUUGCCACUGAAGAAGCCAAAAAUGCUCUCAGUCUAUGGGUACGACGCUACAGUGCCACGUACUAAAAACACCGAUGUGCUGUUUACCCUCGGCUACUAUUCGUCUUCAGAAAUGGCACAGGCCGUCUUGGGCACCGAGCAACACUUUAACCAGGCUGCCAAAGGUGGUACCAUCAUUACAGGAGGCCGAGCAGGUGCCAACGGACCUCCUUAUAUUAGCGAUCCCCUAAGUGCUAUCCAGCAGAGAGCAGCCGAUGAUGGCACCUGGGUGAACUGGGACCUGGACAGUGGAAACCCAGAUGUCAAUUCGGGCUCAGAUGCUUGUCUUGUAUUUAUCAAUGCAAUUGCCACUGAAGGAUGGGACCGUGAUGGGCUUCAUGACGACUUUAGCGAUGGACUUGUACUCAACGUGGCCUCAAAAUGCGAAAACACCAUCGUCGUCAUACACAAUGCCGGCGUUCGACUUGUCGACCAGUGGGUUGAUCAUCCCAAUGUGACGGCCCUGGUUAUGGCGCACCUGCCAGGUCAGGACAGUGGCGCCGCCCUGGUCAAGCUACUGUACGGCGAGGAGUACUUCUCCGGCAAGCUUCCAUAUUCCAUCCCGCACAACGAGAGCGAUUACGGUCACGUCUACCGCUCCUGUGCACAUGACCGCGCUCAAGACGAUAAAGACCCUCAAUGCGACUUCACCGAGGGCGUGUACAUCGACUACCGCGAUUUCGACGCUCGCAACGUCACUACUCGGUUUGAGUUCGGCUUUGGGCUCGGCUACACAACCUUUGAGUUCUCCGGGCUCUCGGUCGAGACUUCCACGAAUCUGACCGCCGGUGUUGGCUCGGGUAGCAUCUGGGACCACGUCGCAACCGUUCACGCCACAGUCAAGAACAAUGGCUCCGCAGACGGCGCCGAGGUCGCCCAGCUCUAUCUUGGCAUCCCCAACAGCCCGCCCAAGCAGCUCCGUGGCUUCGAGAAGGUUGCGUUGUCGCCGGGUGCCUCGGCGCCGGUGACAUUCGAGCUCACCAGGCGUGACUUUAGCAUCUGGGAUGUGGUCACGCAGAAGUGGACCGUGCAGGAGGGUAGCUACGCGGUCCAUGUGGGGGCCAGCAGCCGUGAUAUUCGGCUGUCUGAUGAUAUAAAGAUCUGA